AUGAGCCGCUUCUUCGGAUCAAUCAAGACCAAGGUAUUCCAGAAGACCGCCACGGCCAAUGACAGUGACACCAUUCCCGGCUACUCGCCUCCCACAAUCAUGGCCUACUCUGCCACCUCCCCAGUCAUCUACAAGGCCACCGCCGACGGCAACAGCAGUCCCGCCUUCCGCUUCCGCGACAGCGGCAUAACCAACGACGACGACAGAUACGCCUUCCUGAGCACCUUUGACACCGUCUUCCUGAUCGACGACUCGGGCUCCAUGACGGGUCGCAGCUGGCGAGAGGCGCGUCGGGUACUGUCCCAGAUCACGAGCGUGUGCACGGCCCACGACGUCGACGGCGUAGACAUGUACUUCCUCAACCACCGGUCCGCCACGCACCGCGACGGCGGGUACCACAACGUGACGGACCCCGCGGCGGCCUCCCGCAUCUUCGGCUCGGUGAGCCCCCGGUCCGUCACCAUGACGGGCGCGCGCCUCUGGCACAUACUGCGGCCCUACGUCGACCGGGUCGCGGCCGCCCACGACGUCGACGACGUCAGGCCCGUCAACGUCAUCGUCAUCACCGACGGCGCCCCCACCGACGACCCGGAGUCCGUCAUCGUCCAGCUCGCCCGCCGCCUCGACGCCCUCGACGCCCCGCUCUACCAGGUCGGCAUCCAGUUCUUCCAGGUCGGCUCCAUGCCCGACGCGCGCGACGCCCUCCGCCACCUCGACGACAGCCUCACCGACAUGGGCAUCCGCGACAUGGUCGACACCGCCACCUGGGACGGCGGGGACCGCUCCUGCGGCACAGGCGUGCUGACCGCGGACGGCAUCCUCAAGGUCGUCCUCGGUGCUGUGGUGCGCAGGAUCGAUCGUCAGCGUGCUUCGAACGAUUGGCCUAGGUGGUAG